GCUGAAAACCAAGAUGAAGAAAGCUGAGAUAUUAGUCCUCUGUGUCUGGAUGACCUUCAUGCUGGGCAGCACUGAGGUACCAAAGACGACCAGCAAGAAAACUGAGUCAACUGGUACCACCAAACCUACAAAGGCCACACCACUGUCUGACAAAAGCUCUACUCAUGUAACCUCUACUCACGUAACCUCCUACAACCAUACCAGCAGUACUGUUUCCAGAAGGCCACCUCCCACCUUGUUGCACUCAACAGACACCAGCACUUCAUCACAGCAGCCCUCAAAAAAGUCUGGAGCAACUCACAGUUCUGAAACCAUGGCAUCCACUCAUUACCACUCUACAGCGAAUGAAACUAAAGCUACCCGCAUGGUGCAGGUACCAAAGACGACCAGCAAGAAAACUGAGUCAACUGGUACCACCAAACCUACAAAGGCCACACCACUGUCUGACAAAAGCUCUACUCACGUAACCUCCUACAACCAUACCAGCAGUACUGUUUCCAGAAGGCCACCUCCCACCUUGUUGCACUCAACAGACACCAGCACUUCAUCACAGCAGCCCUCAAAAAAGUCUGGAGCAACUCACAGUUCUGAAACCAUGGCAUCCACUCAUUACCACUCUACAGCUCGGAAUACUGGGAGGCCAAAAACUUCAGUUACGACGCCAAAAGGGGGAUCUUCUGCUUUGUUCGGGUGGUACAGUCAGCUGCUGGUGCCUGUCAUCUCUAUUCUGAUCUAUGGUGCAUAGAACUGAAGUGAAGAACCAAGGGACUCAUUUCUGAAGCUUUUGUCCUUUACAUUAAAUCCACAAAUUGCACUGUAUAUAGAGGAGA